CUCUCUACAGAAGCAACUUUUCACCUCCGGAUCGAAGGCCAAACGAAGUCCGAUCGUGCUCAAAUUUUAGUAUGUUGUUCCUCACAUACUCCUCUUCAAAUCCAACGGUCAGAUUCUCAUUUUGAUGCCCGGAAGGCUGUUUUCUAGCUGCCUUUUCAGACCUGCGUUUUUGGGAGUUUUUACUCCAUUUUAUGUUGAAUUGUUGAUUGUUGUUGUUCCAAGGUUGCUCCUUGAUGAUUGUGUAUGCCUCUAGUGUUUACUAGAGAGGAGAACUUGUUGUACCCACUUGGUUCUUGGUGAUUAGUGGAAGUUUGGGUGCCGUUGUUGAGCGGCCGUGGUUUUCUCCCCGAUUUGGGGUUUCCACGUAAAUCGUGUGUUCUUUAUUUUAUUUCCGUUGCUAUUUAUUUGUGGCGGUGCUCAAUUCGGCUGAUUUGGAGUUUAAUUUGGCGUAAUCAAAAGAAAUCUCUCGCAGGUUUACAACUCACCGUGUAUCAGAGCAAAAUUCAGCGCCAUGACCGAGAUACCCAAGCCGGAAAAACCGUCCAAGAAGACGGCUGAUGAAGAUGACGUGAAAGCAGUGAAACCAAGUCCAUAUGAUCUGAAGUCUGUAGACACCCCAGGCUUGCUGAUUACGCAGGUUAUCCGGAGUGGUGAGCAUAUAGACCUCGCAUGCAGGGAGGCGGCCGAGGAGGCAGUCGCGGUGACGGCGUACUACCGGGCAGACGUGGCGGCAGGGGAGGCGUCACUGCCGGACGCGGCACUGGAAACCGAGUAGCAGACAGAACGGACCAGACAAGAGACAAAACAGCCGAGGGAUGCUUCGCGGGUCAGACUGUCGUGCAGUGUGAAAAUCAAUUUUCAGGUACGAC